ACAACGCUAAACAGCUUUAAAAUUACAUUUAAACUAUAAUGAAAUAAAAAAAAGUGCAUAUUUGGUACAAAACAAAAUGAAUAAAUUUUAAAACGACUUCAUCGAAUAGUUCUACAAUUUUAACUGUCAUACGAUAGCGUUGAAUGCAGCCCUGAAAUACAUCGCUUCGCUGUUUUGACGUGGAUUUUGUUUAUGUGUUCCAUUUUUGAAUUUACUUUCUGACGAUUUGGUCAUUCGGAGCAAAAACUGGGCAAUUGCUUGUGAGAUUGCUAACGGAUACGUUCUGGGCGCGAGAAAGCUACUCAUCACAUCAUUCCGAUAUGGCUGGUGAGAAAUAUUCAAUUCUCCUACCAACCUACAACGAACGGGAGAACCUGCCGAUUAUAAUCUGGUUGAUAGUGAAGUACCUGCAGGAGGCCAAAAUUAACUUCGAAGUAAUUGUCAUCGAUGACGGCAGUCCGGACGGGACACUGGAAGUCGCAAAACAGCUGCAAAAACUUUAUGGCGAAAACCGUAUCGUCCUACGACCGCGGGCUGCAAAAUUGGGCCUGGGUACCGCUUACAUUCAUGGAAUAGAGCAUGCCACUGGCGAUUACAUCAUUAUCAUGGAUGCCGAUCUAAGCCAUCACCCCAAAUUCAUUCCCCAGUUCGUUGAGCUACAAAAGAAGGGUGACUACGACAUAGUUUCAGGCACUCGGUACAAGGGAUCCGGUGGAGUGUACGGUUGGGAUUUCAAGCGGAAACUGAUUUCACGGGGAGCCAAUUUUCUCUCUCAGCUGCUGCUACGACCAAACGCCUCGGAUCUGACAGGAUCAUUCCGAUUGUACCGCAAGGAGGUCCUGAAAGAGUUAAUAUCGCGCUGCACUUCUAAGGGAUAUGUCUUCCAGAUGGAGAUGAUAGUACGUGCGCGCCAGCUAAGCUACACCAUCGGGGAAGUUCCAAUAUCAUUCGUCGACCGUGUGUAUGGCCAGUCCAAGCUUGGCGGCUCGGAAAUUGUGCAAUUCGCUAAAAAUCUACUGUACCUCUUCGCGACCACGUAGAGGAGUAGAAGUCUGCAUUACUGUAUCAGGUAUUGUACCUAUUGUCAUC